CCCUAAACCCCAUCCCCUGCUCCUAUAAAUCUGUAUCAACAACAUCCUUUUCCUUCAUCUCACUUCGCUUCUUCGAGUCUGAGAUUACCCAAAGAAACUGAUUUAGUGGGGAAGGUUUUUGAAUCAGUGAAGAUGUCAAAUCCAAAAGUUUUCUUCGACAUACUUGUUGGAAAGAUGAAAGCAGGCCGAAUUGUAAUGGAACUCUUUGCUGAUGUUACCCCAAAAACUGCUGAAAAUUUCCGUGCCUUGUGUACAGGAGAGAAAGGGAUUGGAAUGUCCGGGAAGCCACUGCACUACAAGGGCUCAGCAUUUCACCGCAUUAUCCCAAACUUCAUGUGUCAAGGUGGAGAUUUCACCAGGGGCAAUGGGACUGGAGGAGAAUCGAUCCACGGAAUGAAAUUUGCAGAUGAGAACUUUAAGAUGAAACACACAGGACCUGGUGUUUUGUCCAUGGCAAAUGCUGGACCAAACACCAACGGUUCUCAGUUCUUUAUAUGCACCACAAAAACUCCAUGGCUUGAUGGGAAGCAUGUCGUGUUUGGGAAAGUUGUAGAUGGCUAUAGUGUGGUUAAGGAGAUGGAGAAGGUGGGUACAGAUAGCGGGACAACUUUGGAAAAGGUUGUAAUCGAGGAUUGUGGACAGAUAGUUGAGAAUUGAUAUGGCAAAGGUUGUUAUCGAGGACCCUGGACAGAUAGUUGAUAAUUGAUAUGGCACAAUGGUGGAGGUAUUGAUGGAGAGUUAGCUUUGGCUUGGUAUAUAACCCCAAACCCCUUGCUUUUAAUUGAUUAUGCAUAUUGAAUUUGGUGAUCUCAAUAAAAAGUUUUGUAUGUUGUGGCAUCUUUGGCGCUUCUUCUAUUAUUAAUUUACUUAUGGUACAUACCCAAGAGAGCAACGACCCAUCUAUAUCUGUCAAUCUAUAUAUAUUGACAAUCCAGGUUGCAUGGCUAUGGUCUUCAUAAACACAUUGAGGAGUAUCUUAACAUAAUUUUGGAUGGUCGACAUCCUUUGUAUGAGCAUCCAUGGACCAUCAAGACUGCCAACAAAAUGUUUUCUUGGGAGUGGUUUUACAUUUGUAGUUGUGCUUCUUUUGCUCAACAAUUUCAUAGCUUGAUGAUGUCCAUGCAUUGUGGCUUUCUUGACAACUGAAUCGAGUUUAGGAUAUAAUGAUUUU